AGGUUCCAGUUUGGCUAACUCAAACAUGAUCGGAAUGCAUUUCUUGAAGCUGUGAAAAGUUUGCUAUCAGUUCUAUUCCUAACCCUUGAAUAACUUUCACAACAUAUCAAUUCUGUAUGCAUAUGUGCAAGCAUUUAUUAAACUGACUAUCAAUUCAAAUGGCUUCUUUUCAAAAGUCGCUUGAAAAUCUCAAUGAAGGUACUGUAUGCAUUUGUGUCUGUGUUAGCCUUUGGUUGCUGUUGAUCGCUGCUAGAAUGGACAAUAUCUUAAUGAUCCCUUAUUGGGCCAUAUUUCUACCACUUUGGUUAUGGAAAACUAUUGUUUUUGUUGGUUGGUUAGUUGGUUUAAUAGUUUGGUGUAAGCAUUGGAGAAUUCAUGUCGAAGAUUUAGACCGUAGUUCUUUUGUUGUUAAUGAAGAUCCUGCUUUACCUUAUAUUCAGGCAAUGUCUGUAUCAGCAUUUUUCCAUUUUCUUAUAAUGUGUUCUGAAGUGUUGUUAUGUAUUCAUCUCUCAGUUGCAUCAUCUAAUCUUAGCUACUUAACUAUUUUGUCACCAUUGCUAGUUGUAGGCACUUUGGGAGUGUUUGGAUUUCUUUUUGUUAUGAUCGACUCAAGAGCGACGUUCUCAGCAAACUCACGACGUCGAAGACAACAUCAAACAAGGUCUUUAACCAAUAACAAUAAUAGCAAUAGUCCAGAUCCUUUCGUUGUUAUGCCACGUUCACGUCAUGUAUGCUCUUUUACAUUGGAAUUGUGCAUUGCUGCUAAUCUGUUACAACUUCUAUUCUUGAUUGCUCGACUUGAUAGUUGGAUUCGUUCUAACUGGAUUGUUACUUUUAUUCCCUCGUUCAUCUUGUUAGCGAUGGGGUUUUUAUUCUGUUUAGCAGGACUAACGGUUGCACUGAUUACAUAUUUUACAGCUUUUUUUAUUCCUGUAGCCCAACGUAGAUUAUCUGUAUGUUAUUAUGCUUCACAUUUGUUAGUAGUUAUUUUCCUGUGUACUUCACUGAUACUGUUAGGCUUAAGACUUGAUGGCUAUCUUUCUGCUUCAAAAGGUAGUGCGUUAUUAAUAUGUAUUCCUGUAUUAGUCAGUAUGUUCUUGUAUGCUUCAUUAUCAUCUGGUCCUGGAAAUCCUUGGUGGUUUGGAUUAAAUCGUAAUGUACUCCUUGCAAUAUUUGAAUCUUGUCCAACCUUACAACUUUGUGCCAAUAAUCGUAUUAGUAAAACUGGUUUGUGGAGAAUAUCUCGAUAUCAUGGGGAUAAUGGUGAUGUGAAUAAUACAACAACAACAACGACAACAGUGAAUUCAUAUCACUCAAAUGCACCAGAAGUUCAGUUCAUUACUCCUCCACCGCCUAUUAUUCCUAAUUCAUCUAAUAUUUCCGAGGUUUCUAAUCUGCACAAUAUAAAACCUUGUCCAAAUUGUACAAUUGGUUGUUGUAGUUGGUGUUCAACAAAUAACCCGAAAAAUAUCAACUGGCCAAAUACUAGCCUUACAACAGAUGCUUCUCAUUUUCACAAUUCCUAUUAUUAUUCAGAGCGUCUACUUCAUCCUGAUUAGUUGCUAUCAAGUGAUGUCGUCGCAUACUUGCAAAAUAUUAUCCCACUUUCAUUUUGUUGUUGGUGUUGUUGUUAGUCGUUAGUUUAGUCUAUCUAUCUAUAACUUGUAUUCAUAUAUCCAUACAUACAUACACACAUACAUGUAUAUUAACGAAGCAUUUCACCCUGUCACUUGUUUUUGUAUAUUCCUGUGUAUCUGCGUAAUUUAUUCUUUCAUCUUACUGUGUCUACUGUAUGUAGUGACUUGUGUAAGAGGCUGAUUAGUCUCCUGUUGGUUUCUUUUAUUUAUUUAUAUAUUUAUUUAAAUAUUCUUAUUUAUUUUUAGCUCAUAUUAUUUUUAUUAUUUCAUUAGUGAAAGAUUUAAACUAAAUUGUAAAGUAGUUUAUUUGGCGCCAUAUUCAAAUAUUUCUGUCCCUCUUCUUCUUUUCUGAAUUGAUCCAUGUUCGCUUAAACGUGUAUUCAAGAUAUGUACAUGUAAGACAGUUCAUAUUUCAUUGUACACUUAAGGUUUGUUGUCACAUUAAUCUAUGCAGCAUAUAGUGUGUUUGUAUGCGUUUGUAUUUAGUUAGUCAUAUUAAUUUAUUUGAUGUAUUUAUUUUGUGAUACUACUUCAUUCAUG